GCUUUAUACGUUGGCGAUUUAGAUGAAAACGUUACUGAAAAGUUAUUAUUUGAUGUUUUCUCAAAACAUGCAGCCGUCACUUCAGUUAAAAUUUGUUUUGAUUCAAAUAAUAAAAAAUCUUUAGGUUAUGGUUAUGUUAAUUUUAUCAACUCUGAUGAAGCCAGCAUCGCAAAGGAAAAGUUAAAUUACACCCAUUUAUUAAAUAAGGAAAUUAGAAUAAUGGAGUCGAUGAGGCAUUCCUUUCAAAAUAUGAAAGGAUCGAAUGUUUAUUUCAAAAACCUUCCAGAAGUAUUAUCAACAAGAGAAUUUUAUGAAAUUUUUAAACCAUUUGGUGAAAUCUUAUCAUGUAAAGUGGAACAUUCAAAAAGUUAUGGUUUUAUUAAUUUUCAAGAUUUUAAUGUUGCUCAAAGUGUUGUUGAUAAUUUUAAUGGAAGCACUAUAAAAGGUUCUAAAUUAUUUGUUGGUCUUCACACUCCAAAGGAAGUUAGAGAAAAAGAAAAAAAAGACACCAUUAAUCAAAUUCCAACUAUUUAUGUAAGAAAUUUGCCAAUUGAUAUUAAUGAUGAUCAACUCAAAUCUCUUUUUGGUAAAUUUGGUGCAAUCACAAGCACUUUUGUGAAACCUGUUUUUAAAUUAAAAGCGAGCUGGGCUUUUGUAACUUUUAAGUCUCAUAAAAGUGUUCUUGCUGCUAUUAAUUUUUUAAACGACACUGAGUAUGAAGGUAAAAGAAUA